AUGCGGCGGCCCUGCAAGGUGGCGGCGGCCCUGCUGUGCCUCGCCGUGCUGCUGCUGCUGUAUCUGCUGGCGGGCAGCGCGGCCCCGCCGCCCGCGCCCUCCGCGCCCGCCCGCCGCCCGCCGCGCCUCGGCCGGAGCCCCCCGCGCCGGAGCGGCGGCACCGCCGGCCACAGGAAGCCUGGGGAACAGAAGCAUCCAAAGGAGCCUUCAUCCUUGCAGUGCAUGCAUCUGGCAGUGGUGGCAUGUGGGGACCGGCUGGAGGAGACGCUGAUCAUGCUGAAAUCAGCGGUUCUCUUCAGCAACAGGAGACUCUGCUUUCACAUUUUUGCUGAGGAUUCCCUUAAGCCUGAAUUUGAGAAGAAGUUAAAGGAGUGGCCUUCCUCAUACACAAAGAAGUUUGAAUCCAACAUCUACCCAAUAACCUUCUCAGUAGGAAAUGCUCAGGAAUGGAAGAAGUUAUUCAAACCAUGUGCUGCCCAGCGCCUGUUUCUCCCGGUCAUCCUGAAGGAUGUGGAUUCCCUGCUUUACGUGGACACCGAUGUUCUCUUCCUGAGGCCCAUCGAUGACAUCUGGCACGUCCUGAAGGAGUUCAACUCCACCCAGCUGGCUGCCAUGGCCCCGGAACACGAGAUCCCCAAGAUUGGCUGGUACAGCCGCUUUGCACGUCACCCUUAUUACGGCACAACUGGAGUCAACUCCGGGGUGAUGCUGAUGAAUUUAACGCGGAUCCGCAGCACUCAGUUCAAGAACAGCAUCAUACCAGGUGGUUUGACUUGGGAGGAAAUGUUAUAUCCAUUGUACCAGAAGUACAAAAAUUACAUUACGUGGGGAGACCAGGAUUUACUAAAUAUCAUUUUUUACUUUAACCCAGAGUGUCUCUAUGUGUUCCCCUGCCAGUGGAACUACCGGCCUGACCACUGCAUGUACGGCAGCAACUGCCGAGGGGCGGAGGAGGAGGGGGUCUCCAUCCUGCACGGGAACAGGGGGGUCUACCACGAUGACAAGCAGCCCACCUUCAAGGCACUCUACGAGGUGAUCCGUGAUUUUCCAUUUGAAGACAAUCUCUUCCAGUCCUUGUACUACCCUCUGCAGUCGAAGUUUCUGGAUACAGUGCACACUUUAUGUGGGAGAAUUCCACAAGUAUUUUUGAAGCAAAUUGAGAAAACUAUGAAGAAGGUGUAUGAAAAUCGUGUCAUUGUCUACUUGGGGGCCAACCACAGAUACUAAUUGUAGCUCUGUUUUUACAGAGUUUUUAAUUCUUGCACUCCAUCUAAUGAAGGAUAUAAAUGAAGAAUAUGAACUCCUUUACUGAAACUCAGAUUUAAGAUAUUUCCAUAUCCAAUUUCCUAAUAACUCCUGAAAUUACAAAAAGCAGGAAAUCCUAGAAGCCUACCUAAAGUGUUAUUUCUUGGGCCUUUUUUCUCUUCCUAUGUUUACUCUUGUUGCAACAGGGAGAGGUGAUGAUUCUUACUUUAAUUUGGGUUUAGUUUGGGUAUUUAAAUACAGCUGUGUUCCUGUAACUUUCCUGAAACUGUGCAAAAGGUUGUGCUGCUCUGAGGCUUGACAAAGAAGUUAUGGUUGGAGCUUUGUAACAUGGGGACUCUUGAAAUGAUGGGGCAAAUAUUCUUGAGUGUCAUGAGAAUUCUGAAUUACAGAAAAGAUCACUCCUGUGACAGGAUGAGUUAAAAUUUACUGUAGUAAAGGGGAAGUAUUUGCUUAAAAGGGUAUUUCUGCUGAAGGUGUAUUACCUGCUGUUCUUCACGUGUAGGACCUGAGAUUUCCUGUACUUAAAAAGAUUGGGGGAAUAGAAGUGCCUGUUUCCUUUGUGUUUUACAGCACUUUUUGUCUAACGAUUGUCAUUUUUCACAUCUGCUCUUCAGUAGUCUUGUGAGGGCUCCUCAUGAGGAAGUAGAAGGAAAAUACUUAAAGCAUAAGACAACCACGUACAAGAAGUGGGAGGUGACUGCAGGGGAAGCUGUGGCACCUGCUCGGCUGACAGAGAAGAGCAGGAGAAUCCUUUCCUGAAUGGAUACAGUCAUGGUCCUGCUCCCCCAGUCCCUUACAGUUUAGGAAUGUAUUCUCUGCCUUGGUAACGUGAAUUGCAUUAGGUUCAGUCUAAGAAUAUUGUGAACGAAGAGGACAAAAUCAGGGACUAUGGAUCCAUUUUCCUCUAGAAGUGCUAUUCACUGCACAGGAACAGUGGUAUUCCACCAACAGCUGUCCCAUCCCUGCCUUGGGAGACAGCCAGUGCUGCCUCUGACUCCCCUCUCCUGCUUUGCCAGAAACCUGGGGCAUGGAAAUGCAUUUCUGCCUGGCACUUCCACUCCUGGAAUCAUAAUCACAGAAUCCUAGAGCAGUUUGGGUUGGAAGGGACCUUAAAGCCCAUCAGUUCCACCUCCUGCCAUGAGCAAGGACACUUUCCACUAUCCCAGGUUGCUCCAAGCCCCAUCCAGCAUGGCCUUGAACACUUCCAGGGAUGGGGAAGUCCAGAGGUUUAUGCUGGGAUCAUAAUGAAUAGACUCAAAGUGAAAGAGCAUUUGAUGUUUAUUUAAAAUGAUGUAUUUAGCUUAGCUUUCCAAAGUAUGAUCAUCUUAGGAUAUGCACAAAGAGCUUAUUAAAGUUGCAGUAGCUGAAAGGUGCUUGGAACCAGUCCCUGGGGAACUGGAAGUGAGGACACUCCUAAAGAGCAGUGAUCCAAGAGCAGACUCCCAGAGGGCAUUUUCUAGGUGUAAGCCCCGAGGGUGUGUGUGGGCGAGUGAUUGAAGAAAGCAGCAGAGAAAAUGAUCUUACUUUUCAAGUCUGUUCAGCAAAAAAACAUUAGACAUGACUUGGAACUGCUCGCUCUUGUGUCUAACAGGCAAAGUAGGAGAGGGGUGAGCAGGGUGAGAGAAUUAAGCUUUCCUCUAAUUAAAGGAAAACUGGCACAGAUUGACAUCCUGUACACGUAACAUACAUUUAUUAGAGGUAAAUGUUUGAGGUGUGUGAAACAUCGUUUCCGGAUGUUUCCAAGGUUAAAAUAGCAUUUCUGAAGAAUUGCAGUUUUGGGGAUUCUACUCUAUCAAGUCAGGAUGCACAGACUCUAAGAGAAAGCCCCUUUAUCUCACACAUCCUUUCUGCUUGUGUGGCAGCUCCCGAAAGGAAGGAAAACGUGGCCCUGUUGGCAUCCUGGGCUGCCAGAUACCAGCCUGUACAUGGGAUGGAGUGCUGACAAGCUUUUCCCAAACACCGGAGUGUGAAGGUGUCUGUGACACAUUUGUGAGCGUGCUGGGUGUGUGACAGCCAGGCAGAGAGCAGGGACAGGGGUUUGGAGUAGGGGACAGUUGGUCUGGCAGUUCUGUGCUGGCCUGUGCCUGUGCCAGUCCUCACAGGCACGGCAGGGGAACAGAAAUGUGUGUUUGCACCUCUGUGUGCUGCAAAGUGUAAUCCACCAGUUUGAUUAAACAAUGUCGUUCUGACUCCAUCUCUUAUCUCCCCGUGUUUGCCACCACAGUGCAAAUUGAUGUGGGAAGAACAGAGGCAGCUCUGAGUUGUAGAUGUUGCUGUCUCUCCAACUUUGCUUAGGAUUUUUUAUUCGACUGAAGUUUAAGUUGCCACUUUAAGGAACACUAUACUUCUACCUAUAGAGAAAGUUUGAAAUUUAACCCAAAUAGCAUUCAAGAAUUCAGAACCAGAAGGCAGAGAAAGGAAGGCUGAGCAUGCUGGUUUAAGAAGUUUAAGAUAAUAUGACAGGGAAACCUUUAGGCCAGCAGUUCUGAGAGCUUGUAAAAAGUAUUAGCUUGCUUUUUGGUCUUUAUUUUCACGUAUCAGGGUAGAGCUGACAGCAGGUCAGACGAGGCUGGAGGAGCCACAUGCUGGGAACGCCGAAUUCCUCAUUUCCAUGGUGUCUCCAAGCCACAGAAAGCUGCAGAGCAAAGUCUUGCUGCCCAGACAGUCGCAGCCCCAGUGCUGAGGCUCCAGAGUUUGGGAGGCUGUGGUUGUGUAAGCUGUGAUUCAGCAGAACCCUGCAACCACGGGCACAUUCAAAUGAAGGAGUGGAAUUCAUUACAAAACAAAGGCAUUAUUGCAUAUGAACUGGUUAGAGAUUAAAGCACUGCUUUUAAUGUUUACAGGAGGUGCUACAUUUUGUUUAGGAAGAACUGUGUUACGUUCUCAACAGCUAUUAAAUAUAUAAAGUAUUUGCUUUACAUGGAAGACUUUUGUUAAUGUAAUAUCGGCUGGCAGGAAGAAUGGGGAGGUUCCCCCCUGCUGGGCUUUUUCUGAGGAAAAAAGCAAUAAUUUCAGCUCUCCAAAGUGUUUUAAAACAAUUAUGUAAUUUUGUUUCUUCUUGUUGUUAGAAUUAUUAAUUUAUAUUUUAUUGCAUCUUCCAAAACCAUGUUAUAUUUUAGUUUUAACAGUAGUUGGUUGUAAUAUUCAUCUUAUUUAGAAGCCAGUUUUAAUUCAUUUUGUAUUUCAUACUUGUGGCUAAUUCCUUGUUAAUUAGCCUUCAUUUAUCUUAAUAAUGGGAUGUGUAAAUACUCAUAAAGACUUUAUGUCCUCAUUUCCCCUUCCUCUCCUGUAUUUUGGUUAUUUCCAGUGGUAUAACGUAAACACCUUCACUGAUGUAACACCUUGAGCAGUGUCAUCAUUUCUUUAAUGGACAGAACGUGCAGCACAUGGGACGUGUUGGCAGCAGAGGAAAAGCAUCACCUUUCCCACUGCGAUGGGAAGGGCAGGUACAGCCCCGAGCCCUGAGCCUGGGUCAGCUGAGCCUGAGCCCUGGCCCAGCAGUGUUUGACACUGUCCAUUCUGCCUGUGCAGAGCAGAGCUCAGGCUGUCACCCCGUCCUUGCUCUACCAGCCCCAAAUAUUCAGGGUUUCACUUGGCUGUAUUUCCCUUGGACUUGCUGAAGACAGAGAAACAGGGGCUUUCUGUGAGGAGCUGCUGAGCCCCUCCCCUGAGCCCAGCGCCAGGUUGGAAGGUGCCAGUGCAGGUUGUACAGCAAAGAGCUGUGGUGUCAUUUCUGUAAGGGGAAGGGGUUUACCUGUUUGUCUGAUGAUACAAGGUGGGCUUGGAUAGAGCUCAUCAGCAUUUCGCCUGCAGUGGAGACUGGAAACUGCUGUGUGUGUGUGUGUGUGUGUGUAAAAAUGUACCUUUUCUCUGUUGUUGAUUUGCUUGUGUGUUUUCCUUUGACAAGUGCACUGACUGCUGUAGCUCCCAAGGAGGCCAAGCAGUGCAUCUCUGGGUUGAGGACGCUUUGUCUUACAGUUCAAAUAAAUGAAGUUUUAAGCAAGCUCUGUAAUUUGCUAGUUUUCUUUUAAAUACAAGAUUUUGUGUGUGUGUGCUGGGCCUGGUUGUGAUGGAGUUUAGAAGUGAUGUUACAGCCUAUGUGUACAGGGUAUGACAGCAUGGAACAGAGAUAAAUGUUCCUCUUUUACAAUUUUACUGUAGUGAGAGAGCGUGAUAUUGGAUAUAAAGAGACAAAUAUAUUUAACUUUCCCCAAAAUGCUCGUGUGUCAUGCUGCAGCUCCAGUUGUGUUAUGGUGAGUGUAGAUCAGAAUCUGAUCUCAAAGGAAAUGGUUUUACUCUUUACCGUUUCUCCAUUUCAUUUAGCAGCAUUUUCCUUCCCUCUUUGUAUUUUUUUGGUACUCUGUGUGACAGAAGCUUCCAGGUUGUCUGUUCAGCCAAACCAGUUGCCUGCCUGGUGCUGACAUUGUUCUGAUCUGGGUGGUGUGUGUUACACCCUCCACCAUCACACUGUCCAGUGACCCAAGGUUUUUCCCUUGGAAACGUGGCUCUGGUCAGCUUUGCUGGGGGGAGAAGACAGUUUGUCCAAGCUGGGAAUAAAGUACAGCUAACUGAAAAAAAAGUGAGACUGUAAUAGGAGGAUAAAUCUUGACACUUUGUCAACUGUCAGAGCCAACUGUCAGGGAAUGUUUUUCUCUUCUCCAUCAGGUACAGUCAAAUACAACAGCAGUAAAAAAACUGAGCACCCCUCCAGAGGUGGAAUGGGACAGGACAGGUACAUGGAUUGUCCCUCUAGAGGCUGGAAAUAUUCCCCCACUGCUCUUGAGGACACUACGAUGGCAUCCUUACAGCUGCACCUCCCGCUGGCACCAGAUAAGGAAUUGCUCUUUGGGCUUCAAAAGAAAUAGCAAUGUUUGGAAAUUUUGCUUUCAGUCUGGACUGGAAUGAAAACCAAACUGUCAACACUUCCUUUGAAAUGAAAAUGGAGACAAAACACCAAAAUAAGAAUCAGCAUUGAAGGUGAACAAAGGACUUUGUUAAUGUUUUCUUUCGAGGUAAAAUGUUUUGUGAUGCCUUUUACGUUUCUAUAAAAGUACCUUAAUUGCUGCUGUUACUUUGUGAAAACUACAGUAUAGUCCUAAAAUGUGGAACACUGUCUUGGAACUAAAAUGUUUUGGUAAUGCUGAAAUAAUGACGCAGAAACCACACAGCCUUUUUUUUUAAAGACCUAUUCUUGCAGAAAUAUCUUUCCCUAACCCUUCUGAAACAGGUUUAUUCCCUGCUGUGGGGGUUAGAACUGUGCAAAGCAGGUGCCUUCUCAGGGUACACACCUUUAAAAAAACAUUCCCAUUCUGCUCAGGGCUUCCAAAGGGUGCUGUGGUUUGAAUACAGCUUCCUCACACCUGAGGCUCCAGGUGAAAAAACAGGUCUGGUUUUAGUCUAACAGGUCUUGUAGUUUGUGGAGUGAUCUGCAGGAAGCUCCUGUCCCAGGGAUAUACUGGAAGAAAGGUGUGAGAAAGCAGCUUGGAAAGAAAACUGCCCUGGCACUAGUUUGUCAUGGGCUCUUGGAUUAAUAGCAGACAAUCCGUGGGGACUCUGUGUCAGUGGCUGACCCAGGUAAAGCCAGGAAUGUUUAUCACAUCCCACUGUUCCUUGUUCCUGUGGGUACUCUCAAAAUGAAUACUAACUCCCACAAAUACCAUU